AUGUAUGUUUGUCAUCUUCAUGUUGUAGGUUUCCAUGUAAUUAAGCAUCUGAGAGGCAUGAGUGCAGUAUUUGUUCUCCUUCCUACUGUGCUAUUUGUGACGUUGAGUGGGGCUCAGAGAGCUUGCCCCAAGAACUGCAGAUGCGAUGGCAAAAUCGUCUAUUGUGAAUCCCACGCAUUCAGAGACAUCCCUCAAAACAUUUCUGGAGGGUCUCAAGGCUUAUCAUUACGGUACAACAGCAUCCAGAAGCUCAAGCCAAAUCAGUUUGCAGGCCUACACCAACUGAUAUGGCUGUACCUUGACCAUAAUUACAUUACUUCAGUGGAUGAGGACGCCUUCCAAGGGAUCCGUAGGCUGAAGGAAUUAAUUCUAAGCUCCAACAAAAUUACCCACCUUCACAAUAAAACAUUUCACCCAGUCCCCAACCUCCGCAAUCUGGACCUCUCUUACAACAAGCUGCAGGCACUUCAGUCAGAGCAGUUUAAAGGUCUUCGCAAGCUCCUGAUCUUGCACUUACGGUCCAACUCACUGAAAACGGUUCCUAUUCGGGUUUUCCAAGACUGUCGCAAUCUUGAUUUUCUGGAUUUAGGCUACAAUCGUCUGCGGAGUUUAUCUCGCAAUGCCUUUGCUGGCCUUUUGAAGCUCACAGAGCUGCACUUGGAACACAACCAAUUUUCUAAGAUCAACUUCGCUCACUUUCCACGUCUCUUCAACCUUCGCUCCAUUUACUUGCAGUGGAAUAGGAUCCGAUCCAUCAGCCAAGGGUUGACAUGGACCUGGAGUUCCUUGCACAAUUUGGAUUUAUCGGGGAAUGACAUUGCAGGGAUUGAACCUGGGACAUUUCAAUGCCUGCCCAACUUGCAGAAGCUCAACCUGGAUUCCAACAAACUUACUAAUAUCUCUCAGGAGACUGUCAAUGCCUGGAUUUCUUUGAUAUCUAUUACUCUUUCUGGAAACAUGUGGGAAUGUACUCGGAGCAUUUGCCCUCUGUUUAAUUGGCUUAAAAACUUCAAGGGAAACAAAGAAAGUACCAUGAUUUGUGCAGGCCCUAAGCAUAUUCAGGGUGAAAAGGUGAGUGACGCUGUAGAAACCUACAACAUUUGCGCAGAAAUCCCAGUGGUUGUCACUGAAAAACCCUACCAGGUCCCUAAAACCCAGCAGAGACCCAUCUUUAUUCCAAAACCUACUAUUCCCAAACUGGAAGACUAUGAGCCAACAUCUUUUACACCAAGCCCUUCUCCAGAUUUCCCGACAUCUGGACCAGAACCAGAAUAUGAGCAUGUUUCCUUUCACAAGAUCAUUGCUGGAAGUGUUGCCCUUUUUCUUUCAGUGGCUAUGAUUUUGUUGGUCAUUUAUGUCUCAUGGAAACGCUACCCAGCCAGCAUGAAACAGCUCCAGCAACACUCCCUUAUGAAAAGGCGUAGGAAAAAAGCCCGAGAAUCUGAAAGGCAAAUGAACUCCCCUUUACAGGAGUAUUAUGUGGACUACAAGCCAACAAACUCUGAGACCAUGGAUGUAUCGGUUAAUGGAUCUGGACCCUGCACGUAUACCAUUUCUGGCUCCAGGGAAUGCGAGGUCCCUCAUCAUAUGAAGACUUUGCCCUACUACAGCUAUGACCAACCAGUGAUUGGAUACUGUCAGGCUCAUAAGCCUCUCCAUGUAAAUAAGGGAUAUGAUACUCUCUCCCGAGACCAGGCUGAAACCACCAACUUAGAGCUGAGCCGAGAUCACAGCUUCAUUGCCACAAUUGCACGUUCUGCUGCACCAGCUAUUUACAUUGAGAGAAUACCAAACUGAUGGAACACCUUUUUGGUGAAAAUGAAGAAGAAUGUGUGGGAGGGUUCUCCUCCCCACCUCUGGAGGGGAAAACCUUUGAUUCAAGAGGUGAAAGGAGCAAGAAGACGUUUUGAACC